AUGUUCGCAUGCACAAAGCUACAAGUCAUUCCAGCUAACAUGAACUUGGCAUCUCUUGAAUCAGUACAUAUGAUGGCAUGCCAGAGACUGAGAAACUUUCCAGACAUCUCAAGGAACGUCAUAAGCUUCUCUAUCUCAGUUGUAGAACUAGACCAGGUGCCUGAGUCUAUCAGCCUUUGGUCUCGUCUUUGUGUUCUCAACAUAACCAGCAAAGGAAAACUAAAGUCCUUAACACAUCUUCCCCAAAGUGUAAAACAUCUACGCCUAAGCAACACUGGUGAGCAGGGGACUAUUCCAUACUUCAAGAACAGUCUCCAGCAGGGAGAACUCUAUCUAAAGAGCUGCAGAAAGCUCAAAUCACUACCAGAUUCGGUCAGGAAAGAUUGUGAAUCAAAGGAGGGACUUACUUGUGCUUACGACACUCCAAUCACGCAACUCAAUUACACAAACUGCUUUAAACUAGACGGAGAAGCACGAAAAGCAAUUUUAACACAACAUUUUGCUCAUGGUUGGGCUUGUUUACCUGGAAGAGAAGUGCCUGUAGAGUUUGAUCACCUAGCCAAAGGAAAUUCCAUGACCAUACGUCCCAUCAUGAGUAACAUGCAUGUCACCAUUUUCAAGGUUUGUGUUGUGAUUUCUCCUAACCAGCAAACAAGAGAAUUCGAACAACUAGUGUGUCGUCGUAUAAGCAAAGGCAUUGAGGAGAUCUAUGUUUAUACUAUUCCUAAGAUUCAAAGAAAACAUCUGUUUCUAUUUCCCUCAUACUUGUUACAAGAAGCUGCUAGCAGAGAGGUUGUGUUUGAAUUCAGCAGCGGAUUCGAGAUUGUUGAAUGUGGUGUCCAAAUCUGGAAGGAUGAAUCUGAAAGAAAUAACAAUGGUAGACACCAAACUGUAUAUAGUAAACCAGGAUCUGGUGAGGAAACUUUGGACCAAGAAGAAGCUGAUGAGUAUGUGAAUAUGAAUCCAGCAAAGCGUACAAAGAGAUGAUACUUCCAUUAAAAGACUGCUCUUCUUCUUGCUCUUUCCCUUGCUCCAGCUCUUGCUUGAACCUUGCUUUGUUGGUGGGAAAGUUGUGUACGCCGCGCAUAUCUCGUUCCUCCUCUUGAGAAGCUCAUCAAUCUGCAAAAGUGAUGCAGCGCAUCCUCACUUCAUUCCACCGCCAUUGUUAUGGCUUACUUGGGCCUUAAGCUAUUAGUUUCCUUUUUUUUGUUUCAACUAGAUAAUUGUCAAUUCUCCUUUUUAGUUUAGGAUUUGGUCUUCUCGUUUAGCAUAUAUAGCGGCCUUACUCUUUGUAA